AUGUCAGCCACGUCUUCCCAGGAGGCGUGGUGGGAGGGAACAGGGAAAAACUUCGUCAGUAAGAUAGUGGCCGAAAGCAUUUAUAAAAAAGGCCUGCAGAGUAAAUAUGUCCAUCAGUUCGUGGCGACUCUGCACUUCCCUCACUCUCACAGCAUCAAUCUCUACAAGGACCAGUUGCAGUCGUGGAUUCGGGGAAAUGUGAGCAUCUGUCCCAGAUCGCUCUUCAUAUUUGAUGAAAUGGAUAAGAUGCACGCAGGACUCAUUGACUCCAUCAAGCCAUUCCUGGACUACUAUGAGCUUCUGGAUGGGGUGUCUUACCGACAAGCCAUCUUCAUAUUCCUCAGCAAUGCAGGAGCUGAAAAGAUAACAGAGGUGGCACUGGAUUUCUGGAGAAAUGGGAAGACAAGGGAAGAUAUACAGCUCACAGAUAUGCAAAAUGCACUGUCUGUUUCUGUCUUCAAUAACAAAAAUAGUGGAUUUUGGCACAGCACCCUGAUUGAUAAAAAUCUCAUUGACUACUUUGUUCCCUUCCUGCCUCUGGAAUACAAACAUGUGAAAAUGUGUGUCAGGGUUGAGAUUGAAUCACGUGGCUAUGCUGUGGAUGAAGACAUUUUAACCAGAAUAGCCGACGAAAUGACCUACUUCCCCAGAGAGGAGAGAAUUUAUUCCGAUAAAGGAUGUAAAACUGUGGAUGCAAAGCUGGAUUAUUACUAUGACUUCUAAUGCUUUAUUGCUACAACUGCGAAGAAGCAAAUUUAACUUAAUUACAAAGUGGAGAACCUAGGACAUUUCAUUUUUAAGCACUUUUUAAAGAAAGGAACGUUAUUUUUUUUAACUGGUGCGUAAAUAAGCAGCAGUGCCUCUGCAUUUUUAUUCUGUCAGUAAUCACGGCUCUCAAGUACUUCGGCCUUGUGUUGCCAAGGUAAGAACGAACUGCGUUAUGAAUGCGGGGGUCUGUGUCUGACAGGGCCGA